AUGAUCAGCAAGAUCCUAACCACACGCACGAAUGCGUUGACGAGAGACCCCGGGCCUCCCCCCGACGGCGGCCUGAAGGCCUGGACGCAAGCAUGCAUGGGCCACCUCGUAGUCUUCAACACCUGGGGGGUGAUAACCUCGUUUGGUGUCUUUCAAGCCUACUACACCUCCGAGCUCGGCCUCGCACCAUCGGCCGUAUCGUGGAUUGGCAGCGUGCAAACCCUGGGCCACUUCUUCGUCGGCGCCGUCUCAGGACGCGCGCUGGAUGCCGGGUAUUUCUACCACGUCUUCAUCGCCGGCCUGCUCAUCGAGGCAUUCGGCGUCUUCAUGACCUCGCUGUGCACCCAGUACUGGCAGCUCUUCCUCGCCCAAGGCGUCGUGACGGGCGUCGGGUGCGGCAUGCAGUUCUGCCCGGCUGUGUCGCUCGUGACGACCUACUUCCAAAAGAACCGGAUCCUGGCCGUGGCGAUUGUGGUGUCCGGGUCCGCGACUGGCGGCAUGAUAUACCCGACCAUCGUGCGGCAAUUGCUCCCUAAGAUCGGGUUCGCCUGGGUGCUCAGAGUCAUGGGGCUCAUCAUGGUGGCCAUCGGGUGUCUCACGACAGCGUUGCUUCGCCCGCGGUUACCGCCUACGAAAAGUGGUCCGCUGAUCGACUUUUCUGCUUUCCGCGAGUCGACGUACUCGCUGUAUUGCGUUGCGGUGUUCCUGGCUAUCUGGGGCCAGUUUUACGUCUUCUACUAUGUCGGACCGUAUGCCAUCGACGUAAUAGGCGCAUCCUACUCCACCUCGGUCAACAUGCUCCUCUUAAUGAACGGCCUGGGGCUCUUCGGCCGCGUCAUCCCAGCCUACUUCGCCGACCGGAACUUCGGCCCCCUGAACACCAUCAUCCCGUUCCCCUUCAUCGGCGCCAUCCUCAUCUACUGCUGGGCAGCAGUGCGCACGCAGGCCGCGCUGUACGCCUUCGCGUCCCUCUACGGCUUGCUCAUCGCGGGCUUCCAGGGCCUGUUUCCCGGCGCGCUGAGUUCGCUGACGAAGGAUAUGUCCAAAGCUGGCGCGCGGAUGGGCAUGUGUUUUAGUUUUGUGGGGGUUGCAUCGUUGACGGGGCCGCCGCUGGCUGGAGCGCUGAUUCAGGCGCAUGGGGGGAACUAUCUGUAUGCGCAGAUGUGGAGUGCUUCGGCCCUUGUGGCGGGCGGGCUGGUGUUGAUUGCGGCGAGGAUUUCGAGUACGGGAUGGGUCUUGGUAUCAAGAAUUUAG